AUGACAAAAGAUGGAAAACAGAAAAAGUUUAACAAUUUUACAGGUCCUAAUCCGUCUGAACUGAGAAUCAAAUUCCCCAGCUACAAAUCACCAGGAGCAGAAUUUAAACAAGAAAAUGACGAACAAGGCAGAAUAUGUUUUGUGAUGUCAGGCGGCACUGUUGAGGUGUUGCCGCCUGGUUUAGACGGCUCUAAAAAGUAUUAUGUGCAUCUGGAAGUGCGAUUUGGAAUACACGGUAAACCAGAACGUUGCGUCAAUUCUGACGCAAACGGCGUUUAUUGUGACAUAUGCAGCAACGCUGGACAGUACCAGAACUUUGUAAAAAUAUUCAAAAGUGGAGCACCAGCGCAGUGCGAUAGUCAAGGUAUGCCUGCUGGUUCAUAUGACGACAUAUCCUUGAAAGUUUGCCUGCCGAAUGAACAUGAACUUCUCCCUCUUCUUGACAAGAAAAUUCCGGUAGUUAUUGCUGCUCGACUUUUUGAUUCCCCGAUCAAUAAUGUUACAAUGAAUACUCUGAAUGAUCUGCUGUUUGUCAGUAAGAAAGGAAUGAUUGGAUGCCACUACAUCUAUGCAACUGCAACUAGAACUUGAAC